AUGGAAACCGCCUUUCCUUCUGAUUUCGAACAUUCUGAAAACUAGCAAGUUCAAGAAAAACAUGAGCUCAAAAUUAACCUUUUAAUUUAAAAACAACUCCAUAAUAAAAAUAAAGCCUUGAUGAAUUCUCAGCUUUGCUUGAAAAAUAAAAUAAAUGAAGAAAUACAAGUGGUUAAGUACGAGAAAGAGAAAUAUGGGGAUUAGGCUGCUUAAGCUAAUGCAAAAUAUUUCCAUGCUUUGGAAGAAAUUAAACUUAAGGACAAUUUGAUUUCUGAAUUUAUAAAAAAAAAUAUUGAAACUGAGGCUAAGCUUAAAUAGUAGUAAAACUUAUACGAAAGUGUUAGAUAAGAAUAGAAUUUUUUCUCAAAAAAUCUUACAGAAGCUCAGAAAGAUUUGGAGGAGAUUAAGAAAAAACAAAAAAUAGUAAAUUAACAGAUUUCUCAAUUAAAAGAAGAGAUUGAUGUUAAAUAAAAGCUUCUACUUUAAGAACAUAUAAAUCAUAAAAAAAAAGACGAAGUCGCAAAAGAUAAGGCAGCUCAAAGUUUAAAAUAUAAAGCAGAAAUGGGGGAAAAAAUAAUUAUAAUUAAGUAGUUUUAACAGGAUAUUUCAAAAUUAAGGUAUAUGAUUUCUGAGUCGGAAUCGUAAAGACAAAAACUUUAAGAAGAAUAUGAACUAGUUGUGACAGAAAGGGAUAUUUUAAGUACUUAAUUAAUAAGAAGAAACACAGAAGCUGCUUUACUUUAUGAAAAAAUAAAAAUUAAUUAAGCCACAUUAAAAAAAGGAGAAAUUUUAUAUGCAUAAAGAUUAGGGGAUAUAAUUAUUUGGAAAAGUAAAAUUGCAGACUUAUUACUAGAAAUAAAAUACUUUAAAACAUAAACAAAAACUAUUUGUGAAAUGUAAAAGGAAGUACGUAAUUUAUCGAAAGAAUUAAUUGAAGAAAAAUUAAGAGUGAAGUUUCUUUCUCAAGAAUUUUCUAAUCCCUUAAAUAUACAUAGAUGGAGGAAACUCGAAACUACAGAUUAUGAAGCCUAUGAGUUGCUAUUAAAAAUUUAAUCUUUGUAAAAAAGAUUGAUUUAAAAAUCAGAAAUUGUCAUUUAAAAAGAAAAUAAUAUUAAAAAUAAAGAUAUAGAGUUGUAAAAAUUAAAAUUAGAAAUGAAAAGAUAACCCAGUAAUGAAGAAGAAUAAAUGAUUUAGGUGUUUUAAGAUACUUUAAAAUAAAAAACAGUAUAAUUAAAAGCUAUGAAUGGAGAAAUUACAAUAUAUUAAAGUCAUUUGAAUGAAUAUAAAAUGGAAAUCGAUAGAUUAAAUAAGGAUUUAUAAUAAACUAAUAAAAAAUAUUAUGCCUAAAAAAAAGUUCAGUAAUAAAAAAUGGAAUAAUCUUAUAAAUUUAAUCAAGCUUCAAAAUUAAAAAUUAAUUUACCAGAUAAAAGAAUUGUGGGGGGAGGAUUUAAUAUAAUCUUAUAUCAUAGUUGA